GGGCGCCGGCUGAGGGAGGUGCGCAUGCGUGGGAGGUGAGAGCCGCCCAGUCCCCCGAGGAACGGCGAAGGGAGUGAUGGACCCUCCCCCACUCCCUCCUCACCAGCCGGAGCUGCCCCGGGGAGCGGCUGACAUGGCCGGCAGGCAGGCGAACGGCGGGGCGGCGCCCAACACGACGUGCCUGCAGGGCUUGCCGCCGCUGCCCAAGAGCCUGAGCGGCCUGCUGAACUCGAGCGGCGGCUCCUGGCGCGACAUCGAGCGGGUGUACGCCAAGCGCUGCAUGAUCCAGGAGGAGCUGAGCCGGGCCCGGCCCGCGGCCAGCCGCCGCGCACAGCAGCCCAGCAAGCCCGCCAACCUGGACGCCGCGCUGGCCCUGCUCCGCAAAGAGAUGGUUGGUCUGCGCCAGUUAGAUAUGUCGUUGCUCUGCCAGCUGUGGUCUCUUUAUGAAUCCAUUCAGGAAUAUAAAGGAACAUGCCAAGACUUAUCAGCUGCAGCAAAUUCAGAUUGCUCCUAUGGAUUGGAAAAUGGAUACUUCGAUGAAGAGGAAGAAUAUUUCCAGGAAGGUGUGGAAAAUGGGAAAGCUGACAACUUGGAGACAAAUCUUGCAGUGCCUAAAACUCUCAAUUCCCGAGACCAGUGGAUGCAGGAUUCUUUUCACAUUAUCAUAUAGGGGAUGUUCUGUGGCCUUGACCUUCACACUGUUUCCAAGAUAAUACUGUUGUAGAUUUUUGAAACCAGUUAGAAUGGGGGUCAAUGCGAUCUGGGGAGAUGAUGGGGUGGAUGGUGGAAAGAGAAAGUUAUAGUAACCAGAGUUCAUUAAGCUAAAUUACUUAAGCUGUGUCAUUUGUAGCAUUGUACACAUUCAUGUAAGGAUCAUUUGAUAAGAUUGGUACUUAACUGUCUUUUAUUUGAAAGGAGCAAAUCGCUUUGAGCCAAGUACUAUUUAUUUGUUUUUGGCUGAUGCCAAAGCAGGGACUUAAGUUUGUGGCUAAGGCCAGGCUUACUAUUUCUAGAUGCCGAAGCACUAGUGUUGGGCUGUUGUUACUUGGUCUUUGAGUAAUCAAAGUAGCAAAGUGGCAGGCUUAAUUCUCAAGUUGAACAAAUGAGUUUGUAGGCAUAAACAAUAUAAAACACUGUGAUUACCAUAUUAAGGGCUGAGAACUUGUUUGGUUUAAAAAAUCUUGCAAAAUUGCAGUCACAGAAGAAUUAAACCAAUCCUUCUAAUUGCGUUGUAUCAGAAUGAAAAUCCACCCCCUGCCAUGUGUAAAUACUUUGUGGUGACAAUAAAAUGUUGAUGCGGUUCUGCAUGUCAGACUGUCCUGCCCUUCCUGUUUGAAGAGAUGUACAGCAGUUCUGGACUAGAGUAAACUGGAAAGUGAUUAAGCUUGUCAGUAUAUUUGGAGUGUAUUGACCUUAACAUGAAGUAGGAAUGUAUUAAACUGGGAAUUUUUGUAUCAUUACACCUAACCUGGGCUGUCUUGUUCUGCACUAAUCCAGAAAAGAUGGUUUUUACCUGGUCUAAUGAUCCAAAACACACUGAAAAAUACAAAUUGUAAUGUGCAAGCUGGAAAGUAGCCAGCAGAAUAUAAAGCUGUUGUGAAAGAGUUCCUGGGAAUUGUCUAGAAAGAAUGAUUUAAUACUAAUUAUUACAAAGAUGUAAUUAAAUAUUUGCAUAACUGCUAGUGAAUAAUGAAAAUGAAAUAAUUAGAUUAGCCCUGAGGUGGUCAUGAGGUGAAUGAGUUGAAUAUAGGAUGAUCUGAAUUUAUUAAAGCAACAGCAAUAUUUUACUGCAGAAUAAAAUGUAUUUGUGUGAAGUAGGAGACAACCAAAUCCCAUCACUUAACUGCAGCACUACUUGAAUUGUCAUCAGGAACUAAUCUCCUUGGUCAAGUCAUAAUGAAUUUUAUUUACUUGAUUUUUAUAAACUUGUACUGCAAAGGUACUCUGGGUUUUUAAAAAUAAUAAUAAUCCAAGGAUUAAAGCCCAGCAAGAGUAUACAAAUUUCAUUAAGGAGAUCAAUAGCUUUUAUACCAAAUUAAAUUGUUUUAUUAUAAAUGGAAGAUAAACAUGCAACUGGGGCUACUUCACGUAGAGUGAACUUUCUUCUCUAAACAGAGACCUAUAUUGAAAAUGCAGUUUCUUUAAUUCUUUCAUGGUUUGCAAAUCUGUUUUUAUAUCUGCUCAUUUUGUAUCGUGAGGUUUGAUGUUUGAAACUGUUAAUUCAGCUUUUUUAAUAUUUCUAAUUUAUAAAGUUUGGUGCAGAAUUAUAAUUGAAAAUGUUUUGUUUAGGACACUUUAAGAGGAUAGAAAAUCCAGUUCAAUAACUUUUGCACAGGACUUUCUGAUUUUUUUGGACUUGCAUUUCAAGUGCUAGCUAUUUGUACUAAGUUUUCUGACUAGGUACUUGUGCAUGGCCUUUCGAGAGUAACUGAUUUUUUUUCUUUCAACAUUGCAAGGGAAUUUAACAUCACUUGAUUAUACUGACCACUAGAAUGUUUUCAAAAAAGACAAUGACACUUGUGAUUUGUAAUUUGUUCUUGCCUCCUACACAAUUAACUGUUUUGAUUUUUAAUUGGUGCAAUUUUAAGACUGUCCUAUUUGUUAUUUAAAAAAAACUGCAAAAUCAACAAGUCUUCCAGUUUACUAUACUGAAUGUGUCCAGUGAAAGCAGGUUUUUAUGCAGCUGGGACAUUCAUUAUAAAACGUGCUUCUUGUCCAUUUGCACUUGUAUAUUUCAAAUAUUAGCUCUUGGCUUCUUUGGAGUGGUUGUGGUUAUACGUGAGACUAAUCUGCAUGCAGUGUAAUGGGCUCUAACUUGUUUAGGCUAAAACCUGGGAAGAAAAAACCUUUCAUCAUUACAUUUGUUAGCAAAGAAACAUAGGAACUCUAGAUGCCCAGCCUAUUGCUGAAUGCACACAUUUCAAGUGUAUUUCACGUAUUAUAAAACUUUACUGUGAUUUUUUUUGUUUAAACCUCACUUUUAAAGAUGCAGUGACCAAAUACAGAAACCAUGUUGAAAAGUGGAUGUUUUCCUAAAGGAUAAUAAACCUAAACUGCUAACAGA